CGCGAUGUUUCAGUGCCGGUCACAUCCAGACCGCGAGAAGAUGAGCGAUGGCAAUAGAAAACAAACCUGGGGAGGAAUUUGACACUAUUUUCAGUCUAAAUGACUCCUUAGAGCUUUCUUCUCAUCACGAUUAUGAGACUGCACAGGCUCGGAUUUUCAAAAUAAUAGUCAUAGGAGAUUCAAAUGUGGGCAAAACGUGUCUGACUUACAGAUUUUGCGGCGGCACUUUCCUGAAAAACCCAGAGGCAACGAUCGGGGUCGAUUUCAGAGAGCGGUCGCUGGAGCUCGAUGGGGAGAGUAUCAAGUUGCAGAUCUGGGACACGGCAGGUCAGGAGCGUUUCAGGAGGAGCAUGGUGGAGCACUACUACCGCAGCGUCCAUGCCAUCAUCUUUGUGUAUGACGUGACCAGCCGUUCCUCCUUCCAGAGCAUCCCUGAGUGGAUUGAGGAGUGCAGCCGACACUCUGUGGGGCCCAUGGUGCCGCGAAUCAUGGUGGGCAACAAGUGUGACCUGAGGGACCGCCGGGAGGUCCCCACCUCGGUCGCGCAGUAUCUUGCAGACAGCUACAAUUUCCCACUGUUUGAAACUUCAGCCAAGGACCCUGCUGAGAAGGAACAUGUUGAUGCUAUCUUUCUGACUUUGGCCUAUAGACUGAAGAGCCACAAACCCAUGAGACUGAAGCAGCUGAGUGAGAGUAGUGUCAGGCAGCUGUGGAACCAAAGACAGCAGGAAGCAGCAGCUUGUCAAUGCUGAGGUCACCUUCAUCCUGCCUGAAUGUACUUGUGGUGGGCAUGAAGGUCAUCUCUUCAGGAAUAGUGCAAUGAAAAUCAGCGUGUCUUCCUAACACUAAAGAUGAAUUCAGAAAAGCCUCCUAUGAUUUUGAGACAGAAAGAGAAGGAAACUUCUUAUGGUUUUACCCUUUUCCCUACCUGAUAUAAGGCACAGGGAGUGACAGUAUGCGCCUGUAAGUUUGCACAAUAUUAAAUCAGUAUUUCAGUGAAGUGCAUGACUGCAUAUGGAGGUAUGCUGAACAUUUGUAGCUCAAACUGCACAUAAAAGCACUUGGAUUAAAAAAAAACAAAGAUUGCAAAGUGCACCGUAGCACCUAGUACACUACAACCUAUCUACAGUAUUAAAAGCAGGCUGGGGGAAUUAAGGGACAAAAUAGAUUCCAGUCUUAAGUUACAGGACCAAUAAGAUAAAUUGAAACUGUGAACGAAACUGUACAAUCCUUUUCUUUAAAAGUGACUAGAAUUGAUGUUUGAGUUUAAAUGCAGCAUGAGUUUUGUUGCUGUUGCUGAAUGUGUAUUUUUCAAAUACAAAUAUGAACAUGACAAGCUUUGUGUUGGCUCCUAAGCCUACACAACUGGAGAGAGCUCACUUAAGAUAAAAUGUAGCUGUCUUAAAUCUGAAAAAUGUUAUGCUGGAAGGUAUUAAUAGUGUGAGUAAAGUCAGGACUGAUUGACACUUUUCUUGCAUGCGUACAGUAAUGCAAACUCUUUCCAACAGUGGAGAUUUGUGCCAAUGUGAGGCUGCAAAUCAAUAAAAGUGGUUAUAUCACUA